UGAAUUCGCUUUGAUAUGCUCGAAAGCUUCUACUUGCUACAGUCCCGUAAAAGGUUUUAAUUGCAGGACAACCCCUAAAUACCAGAAUCAAUUGAAGUGAAGAAAAGGGAAAAAUUUGUAAAGGAGAAUAACAAAAUAAGUUAAAGAUAAGAACCAAAAUAAGUGUGAAAUAUGAAAAUAUUCUAAUAAAUAAAUAGCCAUUUGCUAUCGGUUAUCAAAAUGAUUAAAUUGGUACGUGAUAAAGCUGCGUUAACUAAAAUAAUUUUAGGUGCAGAACAUACUAAGACGCUCGAUAAUAUUUUCCAAGCAGCCAAUAAACAUCCGAAUUCACGUGUUUCGAAACUAAUACACACUGUUGAGGCGGAACGUUCUCAAAAAAAUAUAGUUCUUCUGCUUAUGGAGUUAGCAGAGCACGCAGAGUAUGCUACUGAUUUUGGCAUAUCAUUAAAAUACUAUUUAGAUUUAUUUGAGCAAUUGGGUAUAGGACGAGAAAUUGUAUUAAAUGAAGCCGGCUUGUUGCUAUUGAACUCUUCAAAAAUAUAUUCAAGGCGAGUCGAUUUUGUACAGGAUUUAGUGGAGCGCCAAAUACUGACCUUGAACAAUGCGGACAAGGAAAUAGAGGAAGACAAUGCUAAAAAUCAAACAAAGGACCCAACAGAAAAACCGAAACGCACUCGUAAACGCCUAGUAGCGGCAGUAGAGGACCCUUACGAAGUAGAGUUAAUACCAAGGAAAUUUCGGAAACUAACUGAAGAAAAGCGAUUUAUGCGUGGAUAUCCGCAAGAUAAUCCUAAAGUAAUGUCAUCUAAGUUCUAUCGAAUCGAAUCGGAGCAAUAUAUACACCCGGCGGCAUGGACGCAUGCAAGUAUUGUUGAUCUCGAAAAUGAGGAAGACAUUGAUUCCAAACGAAACUACAAGCUGUUCACAUAUCAUGUGGAGCAUAGGUAUAAUACCUUGGUGGCAGACAUUAAUUUUCGGUUACAUUUUAAAGUAAAAGACUAUAUUGAUGAGGAAGAAGAACGGCUGGCAGAAAUAGAAGAGCGCAAUAACAGUUCGGUUAGCGAUUUUACAGAGUGGCCGCCACUUUCGGAGGAGUAUGUUGAAAAAUAUUUAGAUUUAGAGAAUAGAGCUUUGGCCAUAGGAGAAGCCUUAAAGAAUCGUAAAAGAGCAGGACCAGCGGAAAAUUACAAAGGGGUCACAAGGUUACCCAGAGAAUCUAGCUUUGAAAGCAAGCACAAUUCGACCAAAUGCGUAAACGAAACUAAUACUGAUUCCAUGCAACAUGAAUCGGGUGUUGGUGAUAGCAUUAGUUUGAAUGAUACCUCGAGUAUUCAUAUUAGUUCAACGGCAAACAGAUCUGAAAUACUUGAAAGUAGUGAAAAAGAGGCUACAAUAACCAGUGAUGAGGACAUGAGUACAACAAAUGUAACAGCGCAAAGCUCAAUGCUGGAUUGUACCCAAACGCUGAACUCGACAGAGAAAUCAGUUUUAGAAUGCAGCACCGAAACCGAAAAUUCAAUAAACGCUUCAGCCAUUAAUUCACAAACGAAUUCAAUGGAAUCGAGCGGUUUAGAAUAUUCCAAUGCAUUAAAUAUAAUGGAUAAGAGUGGAAUUACCAACAAUAGCAUAGUAAAUCACCCAGAAAACGAUACAGGCUUGGGUGAAAGCAUAAACAAACAAAACGAAACAAAUGACUGCAGUAAUACAAAAAAUAAGGAAGAUGAUUUAUUAGCUGAAAGUACUGAUGUAGUUGAUAAUUUAUCAGCAACAAUUAAUGAAAUAGAGUGUGAACAAAAUGAAACGGGAAUUGAGUUGACGGCUGAAAAGAAAACUGAAAAUGAUAAAAACGAAGUCAACCUUGAUAAAAUUCGUGUUUACCUACCACAUCUAGACGACGAGGGCGUAUAUUUCUCGGAUUUGGAUGAUCAGGAACACCGAAUGCUCUCCCCAAGAGUGAUUACAACCGAUGUUUUUCCUUCCAUACCAGGAAAGGAAAAUAUAACCAUUGUUGUCGAUGACGAUAUCAGAACGCUUUUAAAUAUUGAAGAUGAUGAACCACCCCCUACAUAUACGAUCCCUGUGCAAAUACGGCCUUCUACUCCCCCUUUAGAGUUGAAUAUUUUCAAAUUUCACAAAAAAAUACUUAAACGACGCUUACUCUUUAAGCUUGGUCCCGAUAUACUCCUUAAAUCGAGUUCAACGAAACGAUAUCAAUGUGGAGAUGCGAGUGAUCAACGCCAAUAUAGGCCAAUGAAAUUAUUCAAUGAUGCAACCCACGAGUUAUGUGCUACCGAAACAGAUUACAAUGUUCUUAGCGAUUGUGAAGAUGGAGAAGAGUUCCUGGGGUUUACAGAAGAAGAGCAAGCCAAUAAAAUCCUACAUCGUUUGAGCAGGGAUUCGGGCGUUGACGCAGAUGUGGCGCUAGCUCCCAACGUAUGCAAUCUGGAUGUGAUAAGCGAGGAUUUAAAUGAAGCAACGCAGUUGCAGAAACCAAUAGCUACUAAUGAGGAAAUCGUGGAUUUUAAUAAGGCAACGCAGUUGCAGGAACCUAUAGCUAGAAAUGAAGAAAUCGUGGAUUUUAAUGAAGCAACACAGUUGCAGGAACCAAUAGCUACAAAUGAGGAAAUCGUGGAAGGUGUUGACAAAGGCGAAAACGAUUUGCCACCAAAAAAUACUGAGGCUUUGCUGCAUUCGAAAGAGAAUGAUUGUACAAUUGAAGAUGCUACAAUUGAAGAUUCUGCAUUGGAAGAAUCUACAUACCCGAGUGAAGUGCCCAACGACGUUGACACUGAAAUUAAUAAUACAAUUAUGGACCCAACAUUAUUUAUUGAAAAUGAACUGCGAAACUCAGGUAGCGAGCAGGACGUUCAGAACUGUAAAACAAAGAUUCAAAAAUGGCAUGAGUAUUUGCAACCAAUCUUAGCAAAAGCACGGGAUCGUCAUCAUUUCGACGUCUUUCAAUUGGGUACGGAAAUUAUGAACGAGCUGCAAAAGCCAAUUAUUUCAAGAAGCCAUAUAUCAGCUUCAUCUAUCACCUUCCAAGACGUAAUGAUCAAUAAGGACGACAGUUAUGUGUCACGUUACUUUUUAUCGACUUUACUACUGGCGAAUCAAAAUAACCUUAAAAUUGAUGUUAGCGGUAAAUGCACUGAAGAGCCGUCCAGUUGGAGCGACAUAAACUUGGAAUUGUUAGACACAAAACGGCAUACUGUAGCUAUAGAAGACAAUAUCGGCAUGGUGCAACCGAAAUUGAUAAGCAAAAGUAGCACCACAAAGCAGAAUUUGAAUAAAUUAUCUGCCACACCUGAGUUGAGGUGUAAUUCGAGGCUUAAUAUUAGCGAUGAAGUGGUUCAUGUAAAUUUAAAUGUUUUGCGCCCGUUAAAACAAAUUGAGAAACUGCCAAGUACAAAUGACGACUAUGAUUCGGGUAUUUUCUCAAAUGAAGAGUGCUCGUCAUGACAACAGACUGGCACAGCUUCUCCGUUA